UGGGAGUGCGGCCGCAGUCGUGGGCGAGGCGCAUAGUGCUGACGCAAGACGCACGCGGGGUGGUCCUCUCCUCUGCCGGAGACGGCGCUGCGUCACUGGCUUUAGGCGCUCGGCGACUGGAAACGGUGACUGUUUGGGCCUCAGCGCUGGCCUGUCGCGCCCUGGGGUCCAGGCUGGCGGCGCGAUGAGGCGCAGCAAGGCGGAGGUGGAACGGUACAUCGCUUCGGUGCAGGGUUUCACCCCGUCGUCCCGAGAGAAAUCAAUGAAAGGAUUCUACUUUGCGAAGCUGUACUAUGAAGCUAAAGAAUAUGAUCUUGCUAAAAAAUACAUAUCUACAUAUAUUAAUGUGCAAGAAAGGGAUCCCAAAGCUCACAGGUUUCUUGGUCUUCUUUAUGAAGUGGAGGAAAACAUAGACAAAGCUGUCGAAUGUUAUAAGCGUUCAGUGGAAUUAAACCCAACACAAAAAGAUCUUGUGUUGAAGAUUGCAGAAUUGCUUUGUAAAAAUGAUGUUACUGAUGGAAGAGCAAAAUACUGGGUUGAAAGAGCAGCUAAACUUUUCCCAGGAAGUCCUGCAAUUUAUAAAUUAAAGGAACAGCUUUUAGAUUGUAAAGGUGAAGAUGGAUGGAAUAAACUUUUUGACUUGAUUCAGUCAGAACUUUAUGCAAGACCUGAUGAUGUCUAUGUGAACAUUCGACUAGUAGAGCUAUAUCGCUCAAAUAAAAGAUUGAAGGAUGCUGUGGCCCACUGCCACGAGGCAGAGAGAAACGUAGCUUUGCGUUCAAGUUUAGAAUGGAAUUUGUGUGUUGUACAAACCCUUAAGGAAUAUCUGGAAUCUUUACAGUGUUUGGAUUCUGAUAAAAGUAACUGGCAAGCAACCAAUAAAGACUUACUUCUGGCCUAUGCUAAUCUUAUGCUUCUCACGCUCUCCACUAGAGACAUACAAGAAAGCAGAGAUUUAUUGGAAAGUUUUGAUGGUGCUCUUCAGUCUGUGAAAUCUUGUGUGGGUGGAAAUGAUGAACUCUCAGCUAUUUUCUUAGAAAUAAAAGGACAUUUCUACAUGCAUGCUGGUUCUCUGCUUUUGAAGAUGGGUCAGCAUAGUGAUGUGCAGUGGAGAGCUCUCUCUGAGCUGGCUGCAUUGUGCUAUCUCAUAGCAUUUCAGGUUCCAAGACCAAAGAUUAAAUUAAUAAAAGGAGAAGGUGGACAAAAUCUGCUGGAAACCAUGGCUUUUGAUCGUCUGAGCCAAUCAGGGCACAUGCUGCUUAACUUAAGUCGUGACAAGCAAGAUUUUUUAAAAGAAGUUGUAGAAUCCUUUGCCAAUAAAAGUGGUCAAUCUGCAUUGUAUGAUGCUCUGUUUUCUGGUCAGUCACCUAAGGACAGCUCUUUCCUUGGUAGUGAUGAUAUUGGAAACAUUGAUGUGCAAGCACCGAAAAUUGACGAUUUGGCUAGAUAUGAUGUUGGUGCCAUCCGAGCACAUAAUGGUAGCCUUCAGCACCUUACCUGGCUUGGUUUACAGUGGAAUUUGUUGCCUACCUUACCUGCAAUUCGAAAAUGGCUGAAACAGCUUUUUCAUCAUUUGCCUCAGGAAACCUCAAGACUUGAAACAAAUGCACCCGAGUCAAUAUGUAUUUUAGAUCUUGAAGUAUUUCUACUUGGGGUAAUAUAUAACAGCCAGUUACAAUUAAAGGAAAAAUGUAGUUCUCACUACAACUUCUAUCAGCCACUAUGCUUGCCAUUUCCUGUGUGUAAACAACUUUAUACAGAGAGACAAAAAUCUUGGUGGGAUGCAGUUUGUAAUCUAAUUCACAGAAAAGCAAUCCCUGGAACCUCAGCAAAGUUGCGACUUCUAGUUCAGCGCGAUAUAAAUGCUCUAAGGGGCCAGGAAAAACAUGGCCUUCAACCUGCUCUCCUUAUACAUUGGGCCACAUACCUUCAGAAAACGGGCAGCGAUCUUAAUUCUUUUUAUGAUCAGCGGGAAUACAUAGGCAGAAGUGUUCAUUAUUGGAAGAAGGUUUUGCCAUUAUUGAAGAUGAUCAAAAAGAAGAUUAGUAUUCCUGAACCUACAGACCCUCUGUUUAAACACUUUCAUAGUGCAGACAUCCAGGCAUCUGAAAUUGGUGAAUAUGAAGAAGAAGCACACAUAACAUUUGCUAUAUUGGAUGCAGUUAAUGGAAAUAUAGAAGAUGCUAUGACUGCUUUUGAAUCUAUAAAAAAUGUUGUUUCUUAUUGGAAUCUUGCAUUGAUUUUUCACAGAAAAGCAGAAGACAUUGAAAAUGAUGCCCAUUCUCCUGAAGAACAAGAAGAAUGCAAAAAUUAUCUGAGAAAGACCCGGGACUACCUAAUGAAGAUUUUAGAUGACAGUGAUUCAAAUCUUUCAGUAGUUAAGAAAUUGCCUGUGCCCCUGGAGUCUGUAAAAGAUAUGCUUAAUUCAGUCAAGCAGCAACUCGAUGACUAUAGUGAAGGAGGUCCUCUUUAUAAAAAUGGUUCUUUGCGUAAUACAGAUUCGGAAAUGAAAUAUUCCACACCAUCUCCUACCAAAUAUUCUCUGUCACCAAGUAAAAGUUACAAGUAUUCUCCCAAAGCACCACCUCAGUGGGCAGAAGAUCAAAAUUCUUUACUGAAAAUGAUCUGCCAAGAAGUAGAGGCCAUUAAGAAAGAAAUGCAGGAAUUGAAACUAAAUAGCAGUAACUUGGGGUCCCCUCAUCGUUGGCCUACAGAAUGUUAUGGACCAGAUUCAGUGCCUGAUGGAUAUCAGGGGUCACAGACUUUUCAUGGGGCUCCAUUAACAGUUGCAACUACUGGCACUUCAGUAUAUUAUAGUCAGUCACCAGCAUAUAAUUCCCAGUAUCUUCUCAGACCAGCAGCUAAUGUUACUCCCACAAAGGGUCCAGUUUAUGGCAUGAAUAGGCUUCCACCUCAACAGCAUAUUUAUGCCUAUUCACAACAGAUGCACACACCACCUGUGCAAAGCACAUCUGCUUGUAUGUUCUCUCAAGAGAUGUAUGGUCCUCCACUGCGUUUUGAGUCUCCUGCCACAGGAAUUUUGUCACCUAGGGGUGAUGAUUAUUUUAAUUACAAUAUUCAACAGACAAGCACAAACCCACCUUUGCCAGAACCAGGUUAUUUCACAAAACCUCCAGUUGCAGCUCAUGCUUCAAGAUCUGCAGAAUCGAAGGUUAUAGAAUUUGGUAAAACUAAUUUUGUUCAGCCCAUGCCAGGUGAAGGAAUAAGGCCAUCUUUGACAGCACCUGCACACACAACACAGCCACCUCCUUUUAAAUUUAACUCCAACUUCAAAUCAAAUGAUGGCGAUUUCACGUUUUCCUCACCGCAGGUUGUGACACAGCCCCCUUCUAUGACUUACAGUAAUAGCGAAAGCCUUUUAGGUCUUUUGACUUCAGAAAAACCUUUGCAAGGAGAUGGUUACAGUGGAGCAAAAGCUAGUCAAACUAUUGGAUCUCGAAAUACAUUCAAUUUUGGAAGUAAAAAUGUACCUGGAAUUUCAUUCACUGAAAACAUAGGCCCAAAUCAAAAGAACUCUGGUUUUUGUCGAAGUGAUGAUAUAUUUACUUUCCAUGGUCCAGGGAAAUCAGUGUUUGGAACACCUGCUCCAGAGGUGGCCAACAAGAAUCAUGAAGCAGAUGGAGGGAGUGCCCAUGGUGAUGACGAUGAUGAUGGCCCUCACUUUGAGCCUGUGGUUCCUCUUCCUGAUAAGAUUGAAGUAAAGACUGGUGAGGAAGAUGAAGAAGAAUUCUUUUGCAAUCGUGCAAAAUUGUUCCGUUUUGAUGCAGAGUCCAAAGAAUGGAAGGAACGUGGAAUUGGCAAUGUAAAGAUACUAAGACAUAAAACAUCUGGUAAAAUUCGCCUUCUAAUGAGACGAGAGCAAGUAUUGAAAAUAUGUGCAAAUCAUUACAUCAGUCCAGAUAUGAAAUUGACACCAAAUGCUGGAUCAGACAGAUCUUUUGUAUGGCAUGCUCUUGAUUAUGCAGAUGAGUUCCCCAAACCAGAACAACUUGCUAUUAGAUUCAAAACUCCUGAGGAAGCAGCACUUUUUAAGUGUAAGUUUGAAGAGGCCCAGAAUAUUUUAAAAGCCUCAGGAGCAAAGGUAACCACAACAAAUAAGGCUAUGAGAAUCGUAAAAGAACCUGCAAGUCAUGGUAACAAGGAUAUUUGCAAAUCUGAUGCGAGAAACAUGAAUUUUGAAUUUCAGGUAGCAAAGAAGGAAGGGUCUUGGUGGCAUUGUAACAGCUGUUCAUUAAAAAAUGCUGCAACUGCUAAGAAAUGUGUUUCAUGCCAGAAUCUAAACCCAAGCAAUAAAGAGCUCCUUGGCCCAGCAUUAGUUGAAACUAUUCCCACUCUUCAAACUAGCCCAGAAAAUACUCCAGAUAGGUUUGCGUUGAUGAUUCCAAAGAAUGAAGGUCACUGGGAUUGUAGUAUUUGUUUAGUGAGAAAUGAACCUACCGUAUCUAGAUGCAUUGCAUGCCAGAAUACAAAGUCUGCUAACAAAAGUGGCUCUUUAUUUGUUCAGCAACCUUCCUUUAAAUUUGGCCAGGGAGAUCUUCCUAAGUCUGUUAACAAUGAUUUCAGAUCUGUUUUUUCUGUAAAGGAAGGACAGUGGGAUUGCAGUGUGUGUUUGGUACAAAAUGAAGGAAGCUCUUCAAGAUGUGCUGCCUGUGAUAAUUCAAGAAAACAGAAUUUACCUACUGUUUCAGCCCCUGCUUCUUGUAAGUUUGGUGCUUCAGAGAUAAAUAAAACUCCAAAGAGUGGAUUUGAAGACAUGUUUGCUAAAAAGGAUGGACAGUGGGAUUGCAGUGUAUGCUUGGUACGAAAUGAAGCAAAUGCUGCAAAGUGUGCUGCCUGUCAUAAUCCUGGUAAACCAAGUGUGUCUUCAGCUGUUCCAGUACCUGCCUCUUUUAAGUUUAGUACUUCAGAGACAAGCAAGGCCACCAAGGGUGGAUUUGAAGGAGUGUUCACCAAGAAGGAAGGUCAGUGGGAUUGUAGUGUUUGCUUUGUGCGAAAUGAAGCAAGUGCUACCAAAUGUGUUGCUUGUCAGAAUCCAAGUGCACAAAAUCAGCCUACUACUGCUGUUUCAGCAACUGCCUCUUCAGAGACAAGCAAGGUCACAAAGAGUGGAUUUGAAGGAAUGUUCACCAAGAAGGAAGGACAGUGGGAUUGUAGUGUUUGCUUUGUGCGAAAUGAAGCAAGUACUACCAAAUGUGUUGCUUGUCAGAAUCCAAGUGCACAAAAUCAGCCUACUCCUGCUGUUUCAGCAUCUGCCUCUUCAGAGACAAGCAAGGCCACAAAGAGUGGAUUUGAAGGAAUAUUCACCAAGAAGGAAGGACAGUGGGAUUGUAGUGUUUGCUUUGUGCAAAAUGAGAGUUCUUCCUUAAAAUGUGUGGCUUGUGAUGCCUCUAAACCAACUCAUAAACCUAACCCGGAAGCGCCUUCAGCUUUCACAUUGGGCUCAAAAGCUAAGUUAAGUGACUCUUCUGGAAAUCAGGUGGGAACAGGAUUUAAAAGUAACUUUUCAGAAAAAGCUUUUAAAUUUGGCAUCACAGAACAAGGAUUUAAAUUUGGGCAUAUGGAUCAAGAAAAUACACCUUCAUUUACAUUUCAGAGUUCUAAUACAGACUCUAAUUCAACAAUAGAAGGAUUUAAUUUUUCUAUUCCUGUGCUUGCUGAUGGAUUUAAAUUUGGCAUUCAGGAACUGGGAAAUCAAGAGAAGAAGAGUGAAAAACCACUUGAAAAUGACAAUGAUUUUCAGGCUCAGGGUGUUAGCAGUCAGAAGAAUGAUAGUGGUGUGAUAUUUGGUCAAACUGGAAGCACUUUUACCUUUGCAGAUCUUGCAAAAUCAACUUCAGGAGAAGGAUUUCAAUUUGGCAAAAAAGACCCUAAUUUCAAGGGAUUUUCAGGUGCUGGAGAAAAAUUAUUCUCAUUGCAAAGUGGUAAAAAGGCUGAUAAAGCUGACACUUCUACUGACCUUGAGAAAGAUGAUGAUGCCUAUAAGACUGAGGACAGUGAUGACAUCCAUUUUGAACCAGUAGUACAAAUGCCCGAAAAAGUAGAACUUGUAACAGGAGAAGAAGACGAAAAAGUUCUUUAUUCACAGCGGGUAAAGUUAUUUAGAUUUGAUGCUGAGAUAAGUCAGUGGAAAGAAAGGGGCUUGGGGAACUUAAAAAUUCUCAAAAAUGAAGUCAAUGGCAAACUAAGAAUGUUAAUGCGAAGAGAGCAAGUACUAAAAGUGUGUGCUAAUCAUUGGAUAACGACUACAAUGAACCUGAAGCCUUUAUCUGGAUCAGAUAGAGCAUGGAUGUGGUUAGCUAGUGAUUUUUCUGAUGGUGAUGCCAAACUAGAGCAGCUGGCGGCAAAAUUUAAAACACCAGAGCUUGCUGAAGAAUUCAAGCAGAAAUUUGAGGAAUGCCAGCGACUUUUAUUAGAUAUACCACUUCAAACUCCCCAUAAGUUGGUGGAUACUGGGAGAGCUGCCAAAUUAAUACAGAGAGCUGAAGAAAUGAAGAGUGGGCUGAAAGAUUUCAAAACAGUUUUGACAAAUGAUCAAACAAAAGUCACUGAGGAAGAAAGUAAGAAUUCAGAUGCAGGUGCUGUCAGUGUUUCAGACAUAACCACAAAGCCAAAUCCUGAAAACACUGGACCCACAGUAGAGUGGAGUAACUAUGAUUUAAGGGAAGAUGCUUUGGAUGAUAGUGUAAGUAGUAGCUCAGUACAUGCUUCUCCACUGGCAAGUAGCCCUGUGAGAAAAAAUCUCUUCCGUUUUGGUGAGUCAACAACAGGAUUUAACUUUAGUUUUAAAUCUGCUUUGAGCCCAUCUAAGUCUCCUGCCUUGUUGAAUCAAAGUGGGACCACAGUUGGCGAUGAAGAAUCUGAUGUUACUCAAGAAGAGGAGAGAGAUGGACAGUACUUUGAACCUGUUGUACCUUUGCCUGAUCUAGUUGAAGUAUCUAGUGGUGAGGAAAAUGAACAAGUUGUUUUUAGUCACAGAGCAAAACUCUAUAGAUAUGAUAAAGAUGUUGGUCAGUGGAAAGAAAGAGGCAUUGGUGAUAUAAAGAUUUUACAGAAUUAUGAUAAUAAGCAAGUUCGCAUAGUGAUGAGAAGGGACCAAGUGUUAAAACUUUGUGCCAAUCACAGAAUAACUCCAGAUAUGACUUUGCAAAAUAUGAAAGGGACAGAAAGAGUGUGGGUGUGGACUGCAUGUGAUUUUGCAGAUGGAGAACGAAAAGUAGAACAUUUAGCUGUCCGAUUUAAACUACAGGAUGUUGCAGACUCAUUUAAGAAAAUAUUUGAUGAAGCAAAAAUAGCCCAAGAAAAAGAUUCUUUGAUAACACCUCAUGUUUCUUUUUCGACAACUCCCAGAGAGUCACCAUGUGGCAGAAUUGCUGUAGCUGUAUUAGAAGAAACCACAAAAGAGAGGACAGAUUUACUUCAGGGCGACGAUAUAGCAGAUGCAACCUCAGAAGUUGGAGAUGUGUCUAGCACAUCUGAAACAGCAACUAAAGCAGUAGUUUCUCCUCCAAAGUUUGUAUUUGGUUCAGAAUCUGUUAAAAGCAUUUUUGGUAGUGAAAAAUCAAAACCAUUUACAUUUGGCAACAGUUCAGCUACUGGGUCUUUGUUUGGAUUUAGUUUUAAUGCACCUUUAAAAAACAGUGAAACUAGUUCAGGAGUUCAGAGUGGAUCUGAAAGAGAAGUGGAACCUAAUAAUUGUGAAGAGUCAAAGAACUCUGAUAUUAAGCAGUCUCCAGCUGGCAAAGUACAAAAUCUCUUUGCUGCUUUUCCAAAGGAAGAGUUCUCAACUAAUUACACAUUUAAGACACCAGAAAAGGGAUUUAAUUUUAGUCUUUUUAAAUCUAAUCCAAUGGCCUUUUGGACCAGCACUCCUUCCUCACAGCCUGAGAACAAAGCAAAAGAGAAGAUAAAGCCUGAAGACCCUCCCUCAGAUGAGGAUGUUCUUAUUGUAUAUGAGCUAACCCCAACUCCGGAGCACAGAGCUCUUGCAAGCAAACUUAAACUUCCUCCAACUUUCUUCUGCUAUAAGAAUAGACCAGAUUAUGUUAGCGAAGAAGAAGAGGAUGAUGAAGAUUUUGAAACAGCUGUCAAGAAACUUAAUGGAAAACUAUAUCUGGAUGACUCAGAAAAAUAUAAACCAUUAGAAAAAAGUGUAACAGAAAAUGAGAAAGAAUGCAUUAUUGUUUGGGAAAAGAAACCAACAGUUGAAGAGAAGGCAAAAGCAGAUACAUUAAAACUUCCACCUACAUUUUUUUGUGGAGUCGGCAGUGAUACCGAUGAGGACAAUGGAAAUGGGGAAGACUUUCAAUCAGAGCUUCAAAAAGUUCAGGAAGCCCAAAAAUCCCACAAUGAGGAAAUAACUAGCACGGCUGACAGUGUGUGUACAGGUGGGACUAAAGUGACUGUACCAUUUUUAUGCAAAUCUGAAGACCCUGAUUUUAUAACCAAAUCUAUUUGCUCACCAUCUACUUUUUCUGGAACUGUGGACAAACCUGUAGAUUUGUCUACUAGAAAGGACAAUGAUGCAGAUUCUACAAACCAAGUGGAAAGCAAAACGAUUUCAUUUGGAUUUGGAAACAACACAGGACUGUCAUUUGCAGACUUGGCUUCCAGUAAUUCUGGGGAUUUUGCUUUUGGUUCCAAAGAUAAAAAUUUCCAGUGGGCAAAUACUGGAGCAACUGUGUUUGGAACACAGUCAACCAAUAAAGUUGGUGAAGAAGAAGAUGGUAGUGAUGAAGAAGUAGUUUAUAAUGAAGAUAUCCACUUUGAACCAAUAGUGUCAUUACCAGAGGUAGAAGUAAAAUCUGGAGAAGAAGAUGAGGAAAUUUUAUUUAAAGAGAGAGCCAAACUUUAUAGAUGGGAUCGAGAUGUCAAUCAGUGGAAGGAGCGUGGUGUUGGAGAUAUUAAAAUUCUUUGGCAUACACUGAAGAAUUAUUAUCGGAUCCUAAUGAGAAGAGACCAAGUCUUUAAAGUGUGUGCAAAUCAUGUUAUUACCAAAACAAUGGAAUUAAAACCCUUAAAUGUUUCGAACAAUGCUUUAGUUUGGACUGCCUCGGAUUAUGCUGAUGGAGAAGCCAAAGUGGAACAGCUUGCAGUGAGAUUUAAAACUAAAGAAAUGGCUGAUUGUUUUAAGAGAAAAUUUGAAGAAUGUCAACAAAAUUUAUUAAAACUCCAGAAAGGACAGGUAUCACUGACAGCAGAAUUAUCAAAGGAGACAAAUCCUGUGGUGUUUUUUGAUGUUUGUGCAGAUGAUGAACCUCUAGGACGUAUAACCAUGGAAUUAUUUUCAAACAUUGUUCCUCAAACUGCUGAGAACUUCAGAGCAUUAUGCACUGGAGAGAAGGGUUUUGGUUUCAAGAACUCCAUUUUUCACAGAGUAAUUCCAGAUUUCGUUUGCCAAGGUGGAGAUAUCACCAAACAUGAUGGAACAGGAGGACGGUCCAUUUAUGGUGAUAAAUUUGAAGAUGAAAAUUUUAAUGUGAAACAUACUGGUCCUGGCUUCCUAUCAAUGGCUAAUCGAGGCCGCGAUACCAAUAAUUCUCAAUUUUUUAUAACAUUGAAAAAAGCAGAGCAUUUGGACUUUAAGCAUGUAGUAUUUGGGUUUGUUAAGGAUGGCAUGGAUACUGUGAAAAAGAUUGAAUCAUUUGGUUCUCCUAAAGGGUCUGUUAGUCGAAGAAUUAGUAUCAAAGAAUGUGGACAGAUAUAAAGUCAUUUUUUUUUAUAGUAAACUUUACCUGUAUAAACAGUUGAUUUGAAGCUUAGCUGUUAUGACAAUAUAGUAAUUAUGUUCAGCUUUUGAAAAUGGACAUUUCUAAUGUAUAAAUGUAAAAUUGCAGCGUAUAGCUGUUGUCACUUUUUAAUGUGUUACAAUUGACCUUGCAUGGUGUGAAAUAAAAAUUUAAACACUGGUUU